CUCCCACUCUCCCUCUCCCUCUCCCUCUCCCUCUUUUGCUGUCUCCGAUCGCCGUACUUAUUAUAUUCCCUUGUGCCUUUAGGUUUUGGACUCACUGCCCUGCGGCAGUGAGGUCAACCUCACGCCAUCGCAGGAAAGCGAAGGCAUCUCGAAAGAGUUAGGUAGAGAGGAGGAUGUUCCCAUCGGACCUUUUCCUCGGUCCUCCUCCUCCUCCUCCUCCUCCUCCUCUUCGACUCGGUCAGAAGACGAAUCCCGCAAAUCCCCACUCUUCCUCUCAUUCUUUACUGCCUGUCGCGUCACUCCGCGGCACCCAUGUUUUCUUGGCGCUCGGGUUGUCUCUCUGGCUUCGUGGUGAAUGCUGCGAUCUCCCCGCUGUGCGGCCUGGCCUCGUUAUGAACCUGAUUUCUGGGGAAUUCAAAACUUCUUCUAGGAAGCAUUAAGAUGUCUACCACUAAAUAUUUCUUCUUUGUGGCUGCCUUGGCUGCUUUAUCUUUUAAGUUUCUGCAACUUACAGGAGCACAACUCACUGAUCCAUCAGAAGUUAAUGCUUUGAAGGCUAUUAGGAGUCGUUUGAUUGAUCCUCUGGGCAAACUAAACAAUUGGGAAGUUGGAGAUCCGUGCACAUCAAAUUGGACAGGGGUGAUAUGUUAUAAUUUGACAUUAAGCGAUGGAUAUCUACAUGUCAUAGAGUUGCAGCUUUUUAGAAGAAAUUUAUCUGGAACUUUAGCUCCUGAGCUUGGCCGCCUUUCACGUAUGACGAUAUUGGACUUUAUGUGGAACAACAUAAAUGGCAGUAUCCCCAAGGAGAUAGGCAACAUUACUUCUUUGAAACUCUUGCUCUUGAAUGGUAACCGACUAUCUGGUUCUUUACCUGAAGAGAUCGGUUACCUCCCAAACUUAGACAGAAUACAAAUUGAUCAAAACCAUAUAUCAGGAGAAAUUCCAAAAUCAUUUGCAAACUUGAACAAAACAAAGCAUUUCCACAUGAACAACAACUCAAUAAGCGGACAGAUUCCAGCAGAAUUGGCCAGAUUACCAAAACUUGUGCAUUUUUUGCUGGACAACAACAACCUCACUGGACAUCUUCCUCCAGAAUUUUCCAGCCUUCCUGAAUUGUUAAUCCUUCAACUGGACAAUAAUAACUUCAAUGGGACAUCAAUUCCAGAUUCUUAUGUCAACAUGUCUAAACUGUUAAAGUUGAGUCUUAGGAACUGUAGCUUGCAAGGACCUGUUCCUGAUUUCAGUCAAAUACCUCAACUUGGAUAUUUAGAUCUUAGCGGGAAUAAUUUGACUGGAAAUAUACCAUCUAACAGGCUUUCCAAUAAUAUAACUAACAUUGAUUUGUCAAACAACCAUCUUAGUGGAACCAUUCCUUCAAACUUCUCAGGCCUUCCUAAUCUUCAAAAACUGUUGCUUGAGAAUAAUAAUCUAAGUGGUUCUGUUCCAUCCAACAUUUGGCAAAGCAUGAAUUUUACAGGAAACAAAAGUCUAAUCUUGGAUUUUCGGUUUAAUAAUCUCACAAAUCUGUCGGAUACUCUUAACCCUCCUGCAAAUGUCACUAUCUUGUUAACCGGGAAUCCUGUAUGUGAAAAUGCUAAUCAACUCCAGAUUGAUCGGUUCUGUCAGGUUCAGAGUGUACAGAUGAAUGAUACUGCAACAAAUACAGGAAAAAUCUGUACAUGUCCUAUGGGUUAUGAAUAUAAUCCGUUAUCUCCUCUUCCAUGUUUCUGUGCCUAUACACUUAAUGUUGAAUAUCGGCUAAAGAGUCCAGGGUUCUCAUAUUUCCAACCAUACUAUUAUGAUUUUGAGCAUUACUUAACAAAUGGCCUUCGCUUGUUUCUAUCUCAACUAAACAUUAUCUCCUUUGUUUGGGAAGAAGGUCCAAGGUUAAAGAUGGAACUGAGAUUAUUUCCUACAGAUAGUACAAUAUUCAAUUCAAGUGAGGUUCUGCGAAUCAGAAACAUGUUCACUGGGUGGGAGAUACCGGAUUCUGAUAUUUUUGGACCUUAUGAACUUCUUGACUUUGAGCUGGGACACUAUGGAAACAAUGAGCUUUUAAAUCCUUCAUCAUCCAAGUUAAGCACGGGUGCCGUGGUUGGCAUUAUUUUAGGGGCAGUUGCUGUUGCUGCUAUUUUAUCCGCGGUUGUUACAAUUCUUAUAAUGAGAAGGCAUUCUAAAAGUCAGAUGGUUUCCAAAAAACGCCUGUCAUCAAAGAUUCCAAUUAAAAUUGAUGGAGUAAAGGACUUUACUUAUGAAGAAAUGGAACUGGCAACACACAAAUUCAGCAGUUCUACUCAAGUUGGACAAGGAGGAUAUGGAAAAGUUUACAGAGGCAUUUUAGCUGAUGGAACAAUUGUGGCUGUAAAACGUGCACAACAAGAUUCUUUGCAGGGCUCAAAAGAAUUCUUCACGGAGAUAGAAUUAUUGUCAAGGUUGCAUCAUCGAAAUCUCGUAUCUUUGGUUGGUUACUGUGAUGAAGAAGAUGAACAGAUGCUAGUAUAUGAAUUCAUGCCUAAUGGUACACUACGCGAUCACCUUUCUGCUAGAUCCAAAGAACCUCUAAACUUUCCUACGAGGUUGCGCAUUGCUCUAGGUGCUGCCAGGGGCAUACUCUAUUUACAUACUGAAGCUGAUCCUCCUAUAUUUCAUCGAGAUAUAAAAGCCAGCAACAUCUUACUGGACUCCAGGUUUACUGCUAAAGUUGCUGAUUUUGGACUUUCCCGCCUUGCACCAGUUCCAGAGUCUGAAGGUACUGCACCUGGUCAUGUGUCAACUGUGGUGAAGGGCACACCGGGUUAUCUUGAUCCGGAAUAUUUUUUGACUCAUAAGCUGACUGAUAAAAGUGACGUAUAUAGUCUUGGAGUUGUGCUUUUAGAGAUAUUGACGGGGAUGCAACCUAUUUCUCAUGGAAAAAACAUAGUCCGAGAGGUGACCAUGGCAUGUCAGUCCAGUAUGGCGUUCUCAAUCAUUGAUAACCGUAUGGGCUCGUAUCCAUCUGAGUGCAUCGAGAAGUUUGUCUCAUUGGCACUUAGAUGUUGUCUGGAUGAGACAGAUGCAAGACCUUCAAUGACAGAGGUAGUCAGGGAGCUUGAGACCAUAUGGCGAAUGACACCUGAAGCUGAUACCACAGCAUCAGAAUCCACAGCCACAGAUUCCGGUAUGAAGGCGACACCCCCAUCAUCAUCCUCAGACUCUAGGAACCCCUAUGUGUCAUCUGAUGUCUCAGGCAGUAACCUUCUUAGUGGUGCCAUGCCUACGAUUAUCCCACGCUGAUAGCAUAUAUUUAUUGUUAAAGAUCAGACAUUGUUGGUGUUGUCCUUUUCUCUCCCUCUCGGGCGGUGGUCUUCAUUGUGCCUUGGGUCCAGUAUUUUGUGUCUAAAUAAGUAUGUCAUUUGCUUCGGCAAACAACUGAAAAUUUGCACAUUUUAGAACUUGUGUGUGGAAAUUAUUUGUUUUAGGUUUGGUCAUGCUGUGUAUAAUAAGUAAUGUUUAUUUUCCUUUUGUGAGGAAACACAAAAGUUUACUUAAUGGCGUACAAUGGCAUUGACUGCAUUCUUCAUCUUA